AUGAAGGUUCCUAUGCGAGCACUACCAAAUCGAUAUAAUCAUACUGAAGAAAAAAGUGAUUAUGCAAAUUUUAGUCAUACAAGAAUAAUCACUUUGUUUCAAGUGCCUCAGUAUGAAUAUCUGCAAAUACUUAUUUGUAAUGGUAAUUCAUUAACAACAUUAGCUGGAGCUGAACAUAUAAAACAUUUGUGGAAACUUGAUGUCGGAAAUAAUCAAAUUCGAAGUCUUCAACAUUUAUCACGUUUUAUAGCACUUGGUUCACUUAUUCUGUCGAAUAAUAAUUUAACGUGGAUACAAUUACAACAUAUUCGUCAUAUGUGCAUUCUUGAUUUAAGACUCGAUGGAAAUCCUACUCUUGAUGCUGAUCCGAACUAUCGUCAACAUAUACUCGAUUGUUUACCACGAAUUUGGAUGUUCGAUGGAGUUUUUGUUUCAACUGCAGAAAGAAAUCAAAUAGACGAGUUCUUUACACAAUCAUCACUAACACAAAAGCCUGUGAGGCGAAAAUUAGCACGAGAUGUAUUUAUGCCAUCGAAUUUAAAAGAUCGUUCAAUUAAUGGACUUUUUGGGCCAAAAGCAACGGAAUUAUUUGCUAAGUUUCCGAUAAAUUGUUUUGUUAAUACAGAACUAGAUAGAAAACGAAUCAGACAUUUAGCUUAUACUGAACAAGAUUUAUUACUGAAUGAAAUGAAACAUGACGAUAGAAAAAAACACGACGAGUUUCUCACAGAAAAUCGUUCUCUACUUUCUCAAAUGAUUGAUCUACGACAAACACAUAUUGAAGAAUUUAAUAUGCUUCUUAUUUUACUUCUUACUGAUAUUCUUUAUCAAAUUCCUCGUGAAUUAUUAAAUAAUGUUCUAGAUGUAACUCAUAUAAAUACUAUCGGAACUCUAAAUAUAAAUAAUUUGUUUUCAUCGAGUGAAUAUUUAAAAUGCAUGAUUGCAUCUCUUGUUCAUGCAGGUGCAAGAAUUGACCGCGAUGAGAAUCAUUCAUGUGCAUUUUAUGAUAAACUUUUCAAUAGUCUAUCGGUUGUUUUGACAAAUCAAACACGAUCAUUAUCAUCUUCAACCAUAAAUCUAAAUUGUUCAAAUCCUGGAGUAAUUUCUGAAGCUAAAUCUAUGGUUUGCCUUGAAGUUAUGCAAGUCUUCAUUAUGUGUCCUGUAUUUUAUACACUUGCCGAGCAUCCAAAUGUCAAUUGUAUUUUAAAACAAGCAUUAGAACGAUCUCCGGCAUAUAGAAGUAUUAUAGAUGUUUUAGAAAAUUUUAAUGCUGAUCAAAAAACAGGUGAACAACAAAAGGAUAUACUAGCACCGAUGAUUGGUAAUAUAUUGAAAAUGGCUAUUCGAACAUUAUCAACAAAACGAGUAAAAAAAGUCAAUGAACCAUUGUCCAUAGUUCAUGCAACAACAAUAUCUGAAAAUGAUAGUUCGCCGAGACGAUCACAAGAACGCAGUGUAUCAUCACCGAAAUCUUCACAACGUGGAAAUCCUAAUCGUACACCAGCUAUUGGUGAUCGUAUAUUAACUGGUCCACAAAGUUUUGGUCGCAUUAUAACAUUGCCCGAUACGGAAAUCGCAAUGAUUCAACUUGAUCAUGUUCUUGCUCUCAAUGGUGCUAUGAUUAGUAGUAGUUCGUCAGUUGAUCACACUCAGUAUGUCAAUAUGAGUAGUUUUGAAUGGGAUACGUCACAUGAAUAUUGGAAACCAAUAAAUACAUCAGGCGAUCGAAUUACAUUACAAAUGACAACAGCAAAACCUGAAACGCCUCGACCAAUUUCUACUCCAAAAUUACCAUUAACUCCACCUCCACCUCCACCUGCACCAAGAACCAUACUAGCCAAAACACCAGAGCUUGCUGAGAAAGGGCAUAUCACGCCGAAACUUUUCGACAUGCAUACGAUUAAACCGAGAGAAACAUUUAUCGAUCCACCACAUGUAACAACUCCUCCAUUAGGUUCUAUUAUCAAUCAAGAAACCAUUCGUCAUUCUUCGGAAGUACCAAAAGGUUCACCACGACCUUCUUUGACUAAUCAGAAUACUGUUCAUUUUUCUCGAGAAGCGCAAAACUCUCCUCCAGCAAGUUCUACAAUACGCGAACGUAAAGUGGUUUCACCAGAACUUGCCAUUCAACGACCCAUGUCUGUUCGUAUAAUAAAACAAAAACAAGAACACGUAAAACACGCUGUUCAUAGUGAAACCAUUUCUCCAUCACCGGUUCUUAUUGAAUCCAUGCUUCUUCUUAUGCCUAAUCAACAUCAUUUGCCUAUUGCAUCAUUUGAACAAUCACAACAACCGAGAAAUUCAUCAGUAUCAAUAAAUGAUUUCGAACCGUCACGUGCGACGUCACUACUCGAACAAUCAUCUGCUAUUCCAAUAAUAGCAAAUACCCCUCGCCGCUCAGUAACACAACGUAUGCCUGUGCCAGUACAUAAUGCUGCACAAUGGUUUAAUGGACCUAAUAUGCAAAAUGAACGAACAGGUCGUAUGGAAAAAGUUGUUGCUUCACUUGUACGCCGAUCAUUUCGACCCAUAACUACUUAUGCAAUGCCACGUGUACCAAUAUUAACAUCGCCAUCAUCAAGGGAUCAUGCUACGUUUAAAGGAGUACGACCUGAAAGUUAUCAAGAUUUUUGUAUAGAAAGCCAUCGAAUGACAACAACGCCAUUAAGUUUCAAUCGACAAACUCAAUAUCCUAAACCACCCCGCGCACCAUCAAUGCGUUUACAUGACUUCAAUCGUUCAAGUAAUUCUCAUCAUACUGUACAUCGUGCUAAAUCAUUAUUUAAUCCACCGUGUGCAACACCUUGGAUGUGA